AUGGGGAAGACCGUACAAGACGGUGCUGAGGAAACUCAGGCCGGCGGCUCCCCCGAUAACCGAGAACAUGGAUCGGGAACUACUAGCACGGGUGAUCGACACGCUGUUCCCACGACCGGAAGAAGAGGGAGGCGAAGAGGAGGAAGACUCCCCGAGGCGCCACGAGGAUACGGAACAGGCCCCUCCAGAGGAGAGGGGAUGCACUCGGAGCGGCGGCGGCGGACCGGCGAUGGAUCAACCCGGAGCGCACAUAACGAGGGAGGAACUGGAAGCAGCCACCAAGAAGAUGGCUGCCAAGGACGUGGCGCCGGGGCCGGACGGAAUCCCCGGGCGGGUGUGGGCGGAGACCAUGGACAUCAUGGCCCCCCGCCUGCUGCAUCUGUACAACAGGUGCCUGAGGGAAGGCGCAUACCCCCGGGCGUGGAAGGUGGCGAGUCUGGUGCUGCUGAGGAAGGAGGGUCGACCGCCGGAGUCCCCAUCGGCGUACAGGCCGAUAUGCCUCCUGGACGAGGUGGGCAAGCUCUUCGAGAGAGUAAUCGCCUCCCGUCUGGGGGCGCACAUGGAGUCCAGGGUACCAGGCUGGCACGACAACCAGUUCGGGUUCCGUCGCGGGAGGUCCACCAUCGACGCGAUCCGCAGAUUGAGAGAGGGGGUGGAGAGAGUGGUGGCUCGAGAAGGGAUCGCGAUAGCGGUCUCCCUGGACAUCACCAACGCCUUCAACUCGAUCCCGUGGAGCAAGAUCAGAGAGGCCCUGCGAUUCUUCGAGGUUCCGGGGUACCUCCGGAGGAUAAUCGGGGCAUACCUCCGGGAGAGGUGGAUAAC